GUUUUGCGAAGCUACUGUAGUUGCUGCUGCAAGAAGGGAAAAAAAGCAUUUUGACGGAAGAAUAAAUAGAUCAAAAGGGAAAAGAGGCAAAUAACUUGAGGACGCAAUGAACCUUCUAUCCUCCAGAGUUAAGGAAGAGGAGCGCCACAUCCUUCCUCUCUGACUCAAUGCACCACAGACCUUGGCUGUAACUCCUGAACAGAAGAGUCUUCACUGGAGUCUACAGAAAAGGGUUUCAUGCUGGAAGCUGCCUAAGGGACCUUAAAAAUGGAAAGAACUUCUGGGCUUUAAGAUUGGGAGAGGCAGGUGGGAAGAGCAUAAUGGAUGAUAUGGAAGGAAGGGAAAUGUGUUUUUGUUUGACAAUGUAUUUUUCUUAGUUCCGUUUUUUCAUAUUGUGUACAUGUGUAUAUUUUUCCUCUUUGGCCAAACAUAGGCACUAUUUUUUCUUCUCAUCUUCAGGCCAUUUUUCUUGUAUUAUUCCACUCCCAUUCUUAACAGUUUUAAGGGAAAAAACACUGAUCAGGUGUUCUUCUUACCUUUUUUCUGACCAGGGCAGCGAUAAGGGUAGAGGGGUUGACGUUCACUGCCUGUUAACCCGCUCCCCCUCCCCUUGCUUCCCCCUCACCUCCUAAUGCUUGUGGAUGGUUGCUGUGGUAAGAGUUGCCGUGGCACGGGGGGUCAGUGAUGGGGAGUGUCCCGGGUUCAGGGAAGGGGAGGGGGGGGCGGGGUCUACGAGAGCUGGGCUGUAUGCCAUGGAAAGUGAGCAAGCUGAAAGGGGGCGGAACAGCGGCCGGAGGUGGUUCCUCAGAGGGAGAGGGGAGUGGCGCCUCGGGGCCUCCCCUCUCUCUGACUCCGCCCCCUGCCAUCUACCAUGAGAAGCAGCGUCGGGAGCUGUGCGCUCUGCACGCGCUCAAUAACGUCUUCCAGGACGGGGCAGCUUUCAGCAGGGACACACUGCAGGACAUCUUCCAGAGGCUCUCUCCCAAUACUCUCGUGACACCACACAAGAAGAGCAUGCUGGGAAAUGGCAACUAUGACGUGAAUGUCAUCAUGGCUGCCCUGCAGAUACGGGGGUUUGAGGCUGUGUGGUGGGACAAGAGGAGGGACGUGGGCAGCAUCGCGCUGUCCAACGUGACCGGCUUCAUCCUCAACGUGCCUUCCAACCUGCGCUGGGGCCCCCUGCGUCUCCCCCUCAAGCGGCAGCACUGGAUCGGGGUGCGGGAGGUGGGGGGCACCUACUACAACCUGGACUCCAAGCUGCGCUCCCCCCACGCCAUCGGUCCCCCUGACGAGCUCAGGAAGUUCUUACGACACCAGCUACGAGGGAAGAACUGUGAACUCCUAUUGGUUGUGCCGGAAGAGGUUGAAGCUCAGCAGACAUGGCGGACUGACAGCGGUUAAAUAUUUCAGCCACCUUUAACGGCACGACUGGCCAAUGGUCAGACAGGUUGUGGGCAUGGCUAAGUCAGAGAGCCAGUCUGAGAACAGGUAGGGAUGAGUUAAGCCAAUCGAGAAGAAGCACAGAGGCCAGAUUUUUCUUGUUUUGCAAUGCUGGACAGACCUGGGACACUGAAGCAGUGAAAGGAUUGGACAUCCACAGGCAAUCACAAGAGGACCCUCAGCAAAUGCAAAACCAAUCUAUGAACAUCGUGUUUGGUGUUUGGGAAGUAUAGUAUGUUUUUUUUUUUUGAUCAAUUUUUUAAUGUUCCAUUUACAUUGUCAGUGUUGAUGUUUUGAAAAUGGGAAUCUUACAGUAUAUGACACUAUCAAAACAUCUGUCUUUCUGUCUGUCUGUGUCUCUCUUCCUGGCUGCUGUGCAUUCGGUCUCUCUUUUCCUUUAAAUGUCUGCUAGUGUCUUGUUCCUUCACUGUCUGUCUUCACAACAUCUAUGCACCUAUCCAUAUGGGAGCGGUAAAUGAUUGGGGUGGAUAUUUACAAACCGUUGAGUGCACCACGUUUUGUCGUAGCAAAAACCUGUCACAGCAAAGGUCAAAGUUCACUUUUCCUCUGCUGCCACUGGCAUCCCAUCAAAUCUAAUUGAAGUGUGUGUGCGUUUUUAUGUAACUGUGUCCGUUUUUCAGCUAGUGCAGUGUGUGCAAGACCCACCCAGGUGUUUUGAUGGCACCCUAAUCAAACACCCCGAUUUUCCCGGAACUGUGUACCAGGGUUCUUACAGAUACAUGGAAUCCAGUGCUGUGCAGAUGUAAAGUAUACAUAUUAGAAUAAGUUAAUAUCAGUAUAAUAUUGACCAGUUAAUAGUAGGUGGGCAAUGUUACUGAGGUGGAGUAGAGUGUAACUUUCUCACAAACAAACUUGUGCAAAAUAUAUUCAGGGAUAUCAUUAGGUUUAAGUUUAUUGUUGGUGUUUGGGGUACGGUUGACAAGAUAAUGUAUAAUGACAGAAACAAUAUAUAAACGUGUUGCACACCAGUAACUUUCUAACAGCGUACUUGUGUAUGUUACAUGGCACUGGCAUCAUUGCAGGUUACUCACACAGGUUUAUUGCAUAGCUUUAUAAAAAAGAACUGAGUUACAGAUGCAUAAAAGCCACCUGCACUAUGCAAACACUGCAAUCACA